AUGUCGAAAGGCCAUGCGACCGCCUGGGCCCAGUUGCCCGUUUCCUUGAACCAACUCUGUCUUGCGACUGUCUUACGCUGCGGCCAGUCUUUCCGCUGGAAAGCAUCUGGUCCUGACGAAUGGUCCUGCGGCUUCUCUGAUCGCAUCAUCUCCCUUCGUCAAUCUCCAACCCACCUACACUACCGUGCCACCUUCCCAUCCCCACCACCAAAAUCAGCAAAAGAUGACACCGUCGAAAUCGUCAAGGACUACUUCAAUCUCUCCAUCGACCUGGCCGCCCUCUAUGAAAAAUGGUCCUUAGCAGAUCCAAACUUCAAGAAGAAAGCGGGAGAGUUCAAGGGUGUUAGGAUGUUAAGACAAGAUCCGUGGGAAUGCUUGAUCGGGUUUAUCUGCAGUAGUAAUAAUAAUAUAUCAAGGAUCGGGCAGAUGGUCGACAAGCUAUGCGCAACCUACGGCACCCCACUAGGAACAAUAACCCACACCUCCACGACCCCCUUAUCACCUUCCUCCCCAUCAUCGGAGAAUAAAACCCCACCGACCGAAGUCGCAUACUACUCCUUCCCAACAAUCGAAGCUCUCACAACCCCAGACGUUGAAGAAACCCUCAAAACGCUAGGCUUCGGUUACCGUGCGAAGUAUAUUUACAAAACAGCAUGCAUGGUACAUGAAGACCGCCCGAAGGGGUUUUUAAAUACUUUGAGAGAUGAGAAGGAUUAUAAAGAAGCUCAUGCGGAACUUAUUCAAUUCAUGGGUGUUGGGCCCAAGGUUGCGGAUUGUGUUUGUUUGAUGAGUUUGGAUAAGAUGGGUGCUGUGCCGGUUGAUACUCAUGUAUGGCAAAUCGCUACGAGAGAUUAUAAGUUCGGGAAGGGGAAGCAUAGAUCCCUAACUCCAGCUGUAUACGAAGCCGUCGGUGAUCUCUUCAGAGAGAUGUGGGGUGAUGCAGCCGGCUGGGCACAUUCUGUACUGUUUACUGCGGAUUUGAGGACCUUUUCGGACAGGUUAGAGAAUACGAAGACUACCACAACUACAACAGUUAAGAGCAAAACAAAGGUAGAGGUUGAGGUUAAGGAAGAGGAAGAAGACGAAGAAGAAGACGAAAAGAUAAAAUUGGAAGACGUGAAGAUAGAGGAGGUAGAAGAGGAGGAGGUCAAAACCAUUGAAAGGAGAGUAAGAAAGAGAGGUGCGAAUGGAGAGGUGAAGGCAGAGGUUGUAGUCAAGACGGAGGAAGUAACUGAGCGAAGAACAAGGAGACGAAGAGGUUAG